AUGGAACCACAGAACAUCACAAAAGUGUCAGAGUUUGUCCUCUUGGGGUUCUCACAGAACCAGGAGUUUGAGAAAUUCCUGUUCACACUAUUCCUAUUUGUCUAUGUCACCACCAUUGUGGGAAACCUCCUUAUCAUGGUCACAGUGACUUUUGACUCUCAGCUCGACACACCCAUGUAUUUUCUGCUCCGAAAUCUGGCUGUCAUAGACCUCAGCUACUCUACAGUCACUUCCCCAAAGAUGCUGGUGGACUCCAUCCUGAUGAUGCUCAGGUCCCACUCAGGCCAGGCGAGGAGGAAGGCAGCUUCCACCUGCACCACCCACAUCAUCGUCGUGUCUAUGAUCUUCGUUCCCUGUAUCUAUGUCUACUCCCGGCCCUUCACUCCCUUCCCCAUGGACAAGGCUGUGUCCAUCAGCUACACGGUCUUGACCCCCAUGCUCAACCCCAUGAUCUACACCCUGAGGAACCAGGAGGUGCAGGCAGCCAUGAAGAGAUUAAGCAAGCGCCUAGUGAUUUGCAGCAGGGAGUGA